CGUUCUGCAGGGUGUUUGGUUACCAGCACCCAUGAAACAGCGGGUUUCGUAGGGCAGCGGGAUCCAAAUCGAAUGCAACAAUUAAAAGGCAGUAACGUCACCUGAGGAGCGCAAGUAAAGGGAACGGUCAAAAGUGACUGACGGGCAGAAAGGAAUCUUCUGAUGGGGGACGCGGAAAUUCUAAAAGAUGGGGCUACAGUGACGGAAGCGCAGGAAGAAGGCGGAAGCGUGGGGUCGGAACCAGGACUGGGGGGACACGUGUCAGCUCCGGGGCCCAGUUCCAAUGAUUGGCUGACGUGGCAGCUGGUCGACUCGCUGCUGCCGACGGGCGGGUUCGCGCACUCCUUGGGAGUGGAGGCAGCACAGCAGGCGGGGCUGUUGCGCGGACCGUCCGGUCUCAGGGACUUUCUGGUCAGCAGCUUGGAGAACGUUGGCGCACUGCUGCUGCCGUUUGUUUAUGCAGGGUACCAGGUGGGCUCGAUCUCGGAGUGGGAGGAAUUGGACGCUGCGAUGGAUGCCACGCUGUCCAACCACGUGGCAAACGAAGCGUCCGCCACGCAGGGGGCCGCGCUGCUGAGAGUGGUGGCAGGUGUUCACCAAGGCAUUGCGUUCUUCAAGGAGAUGCGCGUUCACACCCGCGCUUCGCACGGCGCCCGCAGUCACCACGCGCCGGUCUUUGGGGUGGUUUGCAGCCGGGUGGGAAUAAGCUCCGCCACAGCCCAGAGGGCAUAUCUGUUUAUGGCGCUGCGCGACAUGACGUCAGCGGCGACUCGGCUGAACCUCAUUGGGCCCCUCGAGGCGGCCAUCCUGCAGGGUGCGCUCUUUCCGCAAGCCGAAGCCUUCGCCGCCCUCUACUCAGACCGCCCUAUCGAGGACGCACGUCAGACCGCCCCUCUGCUCGACAUCGUUCAAGGGGGUCAGGACCGCCUCUUCUCGCGCCUCUUCCGGAGUUAAAAGGGUUUGGGACGAUAACAGGGUUCAGCAAGUCUUUGAGCGAGUUGGCCGCUUCUCCGGGAAAGGUUUGAGAUCUACUCGUCUCAGUUCGCCGGUUGACAUCGGUUGGUGGUACAUUCCAGGGUUAGGAGGAGGGUUUGUCCGCGCUAACCCGCUUGUGGGCGACCUGUAAAGGGG